AACUACAGCAUAGAAUACGUGAACCCUGACCUGCCUGAAACUGUUCUGUUGAACAAUGUGGAGUUUGUUUCCUGUCUAAAGGUAGUCCCUACAGCUUUCAAAGGGAGGUUACCAGCAUUGAGGCUUGAGCUUCUAGGCUGUGCUGUAACAGCGGAGGAAAGCUGCCAGCGCUCAGUGCCGCCCCCAGCAGAAGAAAGUUUGAAUGCAGGGGUCAGACAGCUGGUCUUUGACCAGGAAAUUAUUCUAGCAUGGAUGAAAGUGGAGCUCCUGGUGCACUUCUCCGUCCCCAGGGGUGGUGUCACCAUCAUGUACAGUACCAGCUGCAGAAGGUGGAAGUACUAUGAGUACAUCCACACCAGGACGGUGAGUGUCAUGUCAGUGGACAAUAAAUCAAACUGGCUGACAAUUGAGCUCAAGAACCCAGUAAGGAUCAAAUGUCUGCGACUGUUUCCUGCAAUGGGAGCAACCUUGGGGGAGGUCUAUACUAAUGGAUGCAGUGGUAGCUGGUCAUCCACACUACAGGAGGUGGAACCUGCAAGAAAAGAUGAGAACUCUGAUUUAAUGUACCAGAGAGACUCUCCAUGCCAACAGACAGCAUCAGCUGAUGAGUUAUCUGAAUGUGGUAUCCGUCCCCCUGCUGACCAGGGUAGAAGCAAACGUAUUGUCAAUGGUCACAUGAACAGAGUCGGUGAAUGGCCCUGGCUUGUGUCUCUGCACUACUUGCCGGAGUUUGAAUUUACAAAAACUUCAGGGUUCAAACAUGCAUGUGGUGGAUCUCUAAUCGCACCAGGCUGGGUCUUGACUGCUGCCCACUGCUUCUCAGAAGAUUAUAUGAAUGGCCUAUCCAACGUCAGCAACUGGAGAAUUUACUUCGGCCUACACGACCUCGCUGAUGACCAGAACAAAAGAGUCCAGAUGAGGUUGAUUGAAAAAGUUUACAUCUACCCAGUGUACAACAUAACUGUGGAGCCUCUGCUUUGGGACCUUGCCCUUGUCAAGCUCAGCGAACCAGUCCAGUACACCAGGUUCAUCUCUCCCAUUUGCAUAGAUGAGUCUGAUCUGUUUUUCAAAGAAAACAGAUGCACUGUUACAGGAUGGGGACAAAUUAAGCCAGAGAAGGGGUCUCCUGGCAGCCGUUUUCCACAUACUGUGACUCUGACAGUCAUGACCCAAGAGAACUGCAACACGACCUUCACCCAGUUACCAGAUAACCAUCCGGUCAAGAAAUAUGUCUCGAUUGAGUCUUCUGUGAUGUGUGCAAUAGGAGAUGAUCAAAAUCAAUCUGGAGUUGCUGAAGACGCAUGUCAGGGUGACUCAGGCGGGCCACUGAUGUGUGAGGUGAAUGGACGCUGGUACCAAAUUGGUGUUGUGUCUGCAGGCUACGAGUGUGCGCUGCCAGGAUUUCCUGGUCUCUACUCGCGCCUGACCUUCUACAAAUCUUGGAUUAAGGAGACCAUGGCCUUAGCAGAGAAGAAUGGCUAGUCUAGCGGAUGUUAUAAAGUUGUUUACUGUUGAAAAAGAAAUUGUACCGAUCUUUCUUUGUUGAGUAUUGGGAGCAGGACAGUACCCUGUCAAUAUCCCCCAGGUUAAUUACCCCCUUUUGAAAUACAUGAAUAGGACUUUACCUCACAAUGCCCAUUAAUGGCUCCCUCCAACAUUACUAAUACUAUAUUACUUCCCGAUCACUAAUAAUAGUGCACUAUAUUUGUGGCUGGCUGCUUUGUAUUCAUUACAUUGUAAUGUUGGUGUGAAGGAAUGGAUUUUGGCAAUGUGAUAAAACUUUUACUUUUAGCAUGCUAUGUUUAUUUUUUUUUCUGUCUGGUCAGCUAUCUUUUAAAGUACCGUGUUCUUUUGAUACAUCAUUUAUUUUAACUGACUAGCUCUUUUGUGGGUUUCUAAAAAUAUACAAGUUUUAUGAAAUUUUAAUUUUUUUAAAUCUUAAAAUGUAUUUCAAAAAUAUUACUCCCAACAAUAAAAGGAUAUAAUAAUUCUUAAAACGUAUCAUUUACAUUAAAUAGCCUAUUUUAUUUAAUGGCUAGUGAAUACAUGCUUUAUAUAUAGAGAGAAAGACACUUAAAACGUUUUAUUACUAAAAUAUGUAUUCAACUACUUGUCAAAAUAGAGCUGGACUGCUAACCUGUAAAUCUCGAGUUCGAAUCAGGGUUGAAAGUCAGUAGAACGCCCCUGAGUCCACCCAACUCUGAUGGGUACCCAACUCACGUUAGGGAAAGUAAAGGCGGCUGGGCAUAGAUCUGACCACACUAUCUCUUCACAUGCUGAGGUCACAGAAAUAAGUGAACUCUACUUCACUUGCCCUAUAGACCAUCAGGUUUGAAAAGGGAACUUUACUUGUCAAAAUUCAAUCAAUAAGUUAAUUUGAUAGGCCUCUGGAUUUUAAUACCAGCAAUAAGAUAAACAGUGUAUUAUUUCAUUGUAACUGUAAACCAGGCGUCGUAACUUCUUACACACUAAAUUUGAAGCCAUUUUAUAGGAAGCUUAGGCUUUAAUGUCUGACCGGUUUUUCUUUUGAAAUAUAUAUAAUAUUGGCUUGACUGUUGGGUCUGCCUCCGUGUCUCAUCAAAUACAAUGUUCUGAGUCAACCUAGCUCGUGGCAACGUGUUUCUGUCACUAUGUGUUACAGAUGUAACUGAAUCAAUUUUGUAAUUGAAUGUAUUUUUUGUAUAUUGUUCAAUUUAAUCAAGGUUUGUACAUGUUUUUUUUUGUAUAUAUAUAUAAUUAGAAAUAUUUAAAGUGGGGGUAAUUACCAUGAGGUUUGAUCUGCAGAUUAUGGCAGGUGGCUAGGACAGAGUGACGGAUAUGGCUGAUGGGGGUAAUGUCCUAGACUUGUGGGGUAAUAAUUUUUGUUGCUUUUCUUAAAUUUUUUUAAAACACCAGCUAGGUGUUAAUGAAAUGUAAUGUUGUUUAGUUUUAAACCAGAGUAAACAAACAUCUAAUUAACAUCAACAUAUUUCUAACAACACCUCUGUGAAUAUAUAUAUAUAUAUAUAUAUAUAUAUAUAUAUAUAUAUAUAUACACACAUACAUAUGCACAUUUUAAAACUAAACAAAAACACAUCUGUAGUAUGAACUAGUAACCUAACAAAAAAUGAGCAAUUUUUUUUAAGAUUUUGGCUUGUAAGCCUUCAAUUAUGAUUGGUGAUAUAUUGUGCCAUUUUAAUUAGAUUUUUUAAAUUUAAUUCUUUUUAAAACUUUUUUUUUAGAUAAUGGCAAUGAAAACACUUAAAAUAUUAAACAAUACUUUCAAAACAAGACAUUUAUCUAAAUAACAUUGACACUUUGAAUUUGUACAUUCAGUGUUGAACAUGUUAUGUCUGCUAAAAUAGGUAUUAUGUAUAGUAGUGAUAUUAUUCAUAAUCUUUUAGUUAUUUAAUUUAAUCCCAUACAUUUGCAAAAGGACAUAUUAAAACAAAUGAAUGAGU